CAGACUGCCCCAACUUAGGAAAAAACUGUUAGAAUAAGAUUGAGUCUUUUCAUUUACUGUGAAGAAUAGAGAUGAAUAUCUUUGGCAAAUGAUUAAGGAGUCAGAAAAGCCUGAACGCUGACUGAAAUGAGCUGAAUACGGAGAAAGGGACGCGCGAAGCUUCACGGUAACAGGUGGACCUUUGGAUCUCGUUUUAGCCUUUGUGUCAGUUUUUUAACAUCGUUUUAGCAGCUGCAUGCUCUCAGCAGCUGUGGAGGAAUGUGAAAACAUGAAGUGCUCAGGUCUUCAUGUCCCGGAGGAAACACAGCAGAGAGAAAGACUUAAGAAGGAAGCUCUUAAACUUUAAACAAAGUCACCAACCCUCCUCCAAAACUGCCCCAGAGUGAGGACAAGCUCCGAUGCAUGGACAGCAGGAUGUUUUCUGGUCAGGAUGCUCUGAAUUUCAGCUUUAACCAGAGCGGUGACAUGGAGCUGGUGGACGAGCACGAUGAAGCCAGAGGGAGGCUGUCUCCCUCCGGCUUCGUCGUGCUCUCCGUGGUGCUGGGCUUCAUCAUGACUUUUGGCAUCCUCAACAACUUCGUCGUGCUGCUUUUGUUUUGCAAAUUCAAGAAACUGCGGACACCAGUGAACAUGCUGCUGCUGAACAUCAGCAUCAGUGACAUGCUGGUGUGUUUGUUCGGCACCACCCUCAGCUUCGCCUCCAGUAUCCGGGGCAGGUGGCUGCUGGGGCGCAGCGGCUGCAGCUGGUACGGCUUCAUCAACUCCUGCUUUGGUAUUGUGUCGCUCAUCUCUCUGGUGAUCCUAUCCUACGACCGCUACAGCACUCUGACUGUAUACAACAAGCGUGGGCCAGACUACCGAAAGCCCCUGCUGGCCGUUGGGGGCGCCUGGCUGUACUCCUUGUUCUGGACGGUGCCCCCUCUGCUGGGAUGGAGCAGCUACGGCAUCGAGGGGGCGGGAACCAGCUGCUCCGUGUCCUGGACGGUCAAAACGUCCCAGUCGCACGCUUACAUCAUCUGCCUGUUCACUUUCUGCCUGGGCCUACCCAUCCUGGUGAUGCUCUACUGCUACAGCAGGCUGUUAUGGGCAGUCAAACAGGUGGGUAAGAUUAGAAAGACGGCAGCGCGGAGGAGAGAGUACCACAUCCUGUUUAUGGUUCUGACCACAGCGGCCUGCUACAUGCUGUGCUGGAUGCCGUACGGCGUGGUGGCCAUGAUGGCAACAUUCGGCCCCCCAAACAUCAUCAGUCCUGUGGCCAGCGUGGUGCCCUCGCUGCUGGCCAAGAGCAGCACCGUCAUCAACCCUGUCAUCUACAUUCUCAUGAACAAACAGUUCUACAGGUGUUUCCUGACUCUGUUUCACUGCAAUCACCGGCCUGCGGAUCAGGGCAACACGUCGAUGCCCUCGAAGACCACGGUGAUGCAGCUGAACCGCAGAGUGUACAGCAACACGGUGGCCUGCACCCCCGAGGUCACAAAGGCACCAGACAGCAGACAGACAUGAUGAAACAGAAAGGACUAAGCUUGAUAAGCCACACUUGAGACGUGAACUGCCAAGGAAUGUGAACUGAAGCAUGAUACAUCGAGAAAGUAAAUGUACUUUAUGUGUGAGUUUGUGUUUGUCCUUGAGUUUUGUAAAAAACACAAAAAGUACUAAAUAUACUGAAGACAUGUUUGACAAACACUAUAUGGCCAAAGCUAUGCGACCACUUUGGUGAACAUCUCAUUCCUAAACCUUGAUGAUUAUCUUGCAUGGUGUUUGCUGACUUUACUCACAGUCUCUGUGGCUUCAAAUGUAUCCCAACAAGUGUUUGAAAGGUUAUAAUCAGGGCACUCUGCAACAAACUCUGAACAACGAAGUCUUUAUUGUUCUUGCUUUGUUGAAACAGGCCCGAAUAUUCCCAAAAAUGCACAGUAUUGUAUAUAAAAGUAUUGUGCAUUACUGGAUUUGGAUUUUCCAUACACAUUUGCGUCUACUUCAGGCCAUAUAGAUUAUUAUUAACACAAGAGCACAAUUACAUUGAGGAUAAAAUCAUUUUAGAAUAAUAGUCUUACAAUGAAGUCAACUAAAAACGUAACCAUUUCAAAUAAUAAAUAACUUCCAAAAUAUACUUUAUGUUUUAUUUUCUUCUCCCCUCAGCCAGAACACAAACCUAGUGCCUAUUCUCUGUUGCUGUGCAGUCCUCUUUACUCCAGUUUGUCUCUCGCACAAAGAUCUUACAUUUAAAUGUCAACCUGUAUAUACUAAAACGUAUGAUUUUAAUCUGCAUGGUACAGUCGGCAUCAGUUUUUAUUUCUGCUAUAGGGAUUCCUCUUUUGCUGUAGUGGUUUUGUGUCAUGGCAUGAUUUUGUUGCAUGUUACUUGCAUGUAAUUCUAAAUUGAUAACACAUAGUGCAAACUGUUAUUUCCACCUGUAUUAUGAGAAACUUGGGGAUGUUAGCCUUUGCUAACCAUUUACAUGCACUUAAAGCUACUGCACACACUAUAGGAAAGGGAAAACCCUAAAAAACACAAUAGGGCCUCUUUAAAGGAAGGGAAGCAAAAGGAUCUGGAUAUAGUUGCCAAAUGGCUCCUAUUUCACCUGCUUUUAGUAUCCCACAUCAGGAGGGGCCAGGCUGAGAUACACUGCGAUAACUUAUAGAGUCAAGGUUUGCCAAAAGGACGCCAUUAGCUGUGAUGUAAUGCAUGUUGACGUUUUGAUUGCAGGAUCCAAUGUCAGGGAAGUAGGAUACACAAACUGCUGUAAGUUAAUGGCCCCCGAGUGUAAUGGAUACCAGACACAUUUGAUACAGAAAAUGUGAUUUAAGCCCAUCUAGAAGCUAAUAUAAUUUGUUUGGAUGGUAACCCUCAGGGACUGUAAGGAACAGAAAGUCAUUUUAUUGUUUUAAUUAUCAUAAUAAAUAUUGCUGUGGAAGAAAACCAUUGUGCUGCUGUACUUUCAAAAAAAAAGAAGCUGGAGUUUCUUGUGAAAAUGGUAGGAAAACAUAAAAAAAAAACGUUGAGCGAAAUGCAAUUUUCUAAAUGUGACAUGUUAUGCUCUGAUGUGCAACAAUGCUGUCAAUGGACUCUAAGUAUUAACAGCUUCAACGUGCCACAGCUCUCUGUCUUCUCUGUGAUGCUCAUAAACAACUGUUUACGUGGUUAAAACCCUGACAACAAUUCAUACCAGUGUUUAUACAAUUGUGUACAACUUUGACUUUGUUUGGUUUUCAUGGUAAAAAGUCUAUUCACUUAUUAUAGAUUAUACGCAAGAUUUAUUUUUUUAUAAGAAAAUUAAGCAUAUUGUCAUUGAAAGCAAAUCUGUAUAAAUGUAUUAAAAACCUACAUUUUAAUGUGACACGACAGUCGGAAAAAUGUGUUUUGGUAGAUUUAUGUUGAAAGAAGACAAAUGCCAUCAUGGCUUCUGACAGAUUUCAGUGUCUCUCCUUCCUCCAUAAUGGUUACCAUAAUGGCUGUAUUACUUCGAAAAGACAAAACGAUUACAAAGCAAUCUCCAUUUAACACAUACAGUAGCCAUGGCAUUGUAGUAGGAAUAAUAAUUUCCCCAUUUUCGCUAUACUUUGCUGUAACGUCUCAGAAAAAUAAAUCUAGCUUUGAAUAAUUAAUGCACUUAGUUUGAGCCGCUUUGUACAAUGCUUCUGCCAAAUGAGUGUUAAGAGUGUUUGGAAUAAAGACUUAAUUUGUGACUCAGUGAUUGGCGACGUAGAAACCAGAGUAAUUACUAGUGAGAAGAUGUGUAUUUCUAGACAAAGACGGACUCAAAUAGUCAACAAUAAUGAGGGAUUUUGUUUGUGUUUUACGUCAGUCAACUGCUGAGUAGAAAACGGUAUAAUCUGUGCAGCUUUACAUAUAAAAAACAAAGGAAGAAACUAAAAGAUUCUAGCAAGGAACAUUUAGCAUUUCAUUUUCAUUAAUAAAAGAUGCAAGAAUUUAAAUUUCACCUGGACUUUUCAAUGUUAAGCCCUGCUGCCUCUCACUCAAACCAUCUAAUCAUUGACUUCCUGCAAUCUUUUACUUCAAUCAGGAAAACAAAACAGCGGCAAACAGAAGCUCUGCCGCUCAUAAAACGGCACAACUGUGUUUCAACAGAUCAAAGUGUGACCCGUGUCUCCUCUGUGGUUAAACUGUGUGAAAUCAGUUUGUGUUGUCAAUUGUUGUUUGAUAUUUCUAUUUAUUCUGUUUUGAGGCGUUAUCACUUAUGCAAUGCCUGAAAGACUCAUGAGCUGUAGAUUCUGAUAACCUAAUGGUGUGUUGUCAAUAAUAAAUACAUUUUUGUGAGGAAUUCCAUUUUAAACAUGUUUUUCCUGUCCAAUAUCUGUGUGAGCCUUAAGCAAUGAUAACAUUGAAGGUGAGUAUCAGAAAAAGUAAUGUCAUUCAUAUAAAAUCCGGCUUUUUCAAAGAAACUGUUAUUCAUAUUUGUAUGGUAACAUAUCAAAGGACAAUGUCAAAGAGAAACCUGUAGAGUAUAAUCAACUAAUCUUGAGCUUACCCCAACUUUACCAAGCUUUGGAGAACUUUGGCUAUAGUUUCUGUACAGUCAUGAAUAAUGUACAUAUGUAAAAUAGGAUCAUCUAUCUUGGAGCUUGAGAAUAUGGGCCAAGUCACAAAGUAGAUAGUAUAUUAAAACAUUGAAAUUCGAAAGAUUCACAGAAAAGCCAAAGUACAACCCAAACAAAUAAACGAUCCCGAUUAUUCCAUCAGUCUAAACAUUAAAUUGGUAGGAUACAGCAGAUAGACACAUAUAGAAAGUUUGAAUUACAAUUUCUAUUCAUUUCGGGGGAAGAGAUAUAUUUAAGAAGUGGUUUUGAAACGGUCACAAAUAAAGACAUUUUGCUACCAGACUCAUUCCAUAACUGUAGACCUCUGCAAACCACACUAAAGCAAGACCAUUACAGUGAAUGUUUUUUACCCUUGUUUAAAGGUGGGGUAGGUAAUUUCUGAGAAACCAGCUCGAGUGCGCUAGAAUUUGA